UUAAACUCAUCUCUCUCUCUCUCUCUCUCUCUCUCUCUCUCUCUCUCUUCGUGCUUGGAACUAAUUAUUAGAAAUUUCGUUGUAAGCAUUUCAAUGAUCGCAAUGAACCCCACCAUUAUCUUCACUAUUUCACCGCACUUUAUCUUUCUCUGUGAAGUCUGUCUCAAACUUACCUGACUCCAGAGAGAGAGAGAGAGAGAAUUUUGAAGCAGAAUGACUAUGGUGAUUUUGGUCUUCUCUGCAAUUGUUGGGGCAACCCUUUUGAGCCAUCUCUCUCUUGCCCUCACUCCAGAUGGUUUUGCAUUGUUGGAAUUUAAAAGCACUCUGAAUGACACUAACAACACUCUCAGUGGCUGGAGGGAUACGGAUGAAUCUCCAUGCAACUGGACUGGUGUCUCUUGCAAUCCCCAAGACCAAAGGGUUACCUCUAUAAACUUGCCCUACAUGCAACUGGGAGGCAUUAUUUCUCCAAGCAUUGGUAAACUCAGUAGGUUACAAAGACUGGCACUUCACCAGAACAGCUUGCAUGGUGUUAUUCCACACGAAAUUAGUAAUUGUGCUGAACUCAGAGCGCUGUACUUGAGAGCUAAUUAUCUCCAAGGGGGUGUACCAGCAGAUAUUGGGAAUAUUUCUUCACUUACCAUUUUGGAUUUGUCCAGCAAUUCGCUUAAGGGUGCCAUACCUUCAUCUCUUGGCCGUCUAACACACCUUCGCAGUUUGAACUUGUCCGCGAACUUCUUAUCUGGUGAAAUCCCUGAUUUUGGAGUUCUUAGCACUUUUGGAAACAAUUCAUUUACUGGCAAUUUAGACCUUUGCGGUCGACAAGUAAACAAACCAUGUAGAACAUCACUAGGAUUCCCUGCAGUGCUACCACAUGCAGAAAGUGAUGAAGCUGCUGUACCUAAGAAGCACUCAUCUCACUAUAUAAAAGGAUUGCUAAUUGGUUUAAUGUCUAUAAUGGGUCUUCUGCUCAUCUUGCUCCUUGUAUUCCUAUGGAUUUGGUUGCUAUCAAAGAAGGAAAGGGCUGCUAAGAGAUAUACAGAAGUCAAGAAACAAGUUCAUCGAGAAACAAGUGCAAAACUCAUCACUUUCCAUGGAGAUCUUCCCUAUCCAUCAUGCGAGAUCAUAGAAAAGCUUGAAACACUCGAUGAGGAGGAUGUUGUGGGAUCUGGCGGAUUUGGUACUGUCUACCGGAUGGUCAUGAAUGAUUGUGGUACUUUUGCAGUUAAAAAGAUUGAUCGGAGCCGUGAAGGAUCAGAUCAAGUUUUUGAGAGAGAGUUAGAGAUCUUAGGUAGCAUCAAGCACAUAAAUCUUGUCAAUUUGAGAGGGUACUGCAGGCUCCCUUCUGCGAAGCUUCUUAUAUAUGAUUAUGUUGCCAUGGGGAGCUUGGACGAUCACUUGCAUGAGCAUGAAGAAAAACAACCCUUGAACUGGAACACUCGGCUAAAGAUUGCACUCGGUUCUGCAAGGGGUUUGGCAUACUUGCACCAUGACUGUUCUCCAAGGAUAGUUCAUCGUGAUAUAAAGUCCAGCAAUAUUUUGCUUGAUGAAAACCUAGAACCUUGCGUGUCAGACUUUGGCCUUGCCAAACUUUUAGUAGAUGAGGAUGCUCAUGUUACAACUGUGGUUGCUGGUACUUUCGGUUAUUUAGCUCCAGAAUAUCUGCAAAGUGGAAGAGCCACCGAGAAGUCAGAUGUGUACAGCUUUGGAGUUCUCUUGCUAGAAAUUGUAACUGGGAAGAGACCAACCGAUCCUUGUUUUGUAAAACACGGCCUCAAUGUGGUUGGUUGGAUGAACACCCUGCUAAGAGAGAACAGAAUGGAGGAUGUGGUGGACAGGAGGUGCACCGACGCAGAUGCAGACACCGUAGAAGCAGUGAUAGAGAUAGCGGCGAGGUGCACGGAUGCAAACCCGGAUGACAGGCCAACGAUGCAGCAGGUGCUGCAGUUGUUGGAGCAAGAAGUCAUGUCGCCUUGCCCGAGCGAGUUCUACGAGUCCCAUUCCGACUAUUGUUGAUCUUGGUCUGGUUUGGUUUUUUGGUGGCUUCUCGAGCCCCUUUUCUUUGGGGGGCCUGUAAAUUGGUAUUCUCCUGCGAAAUAUAUGAUGUGCAUGUUGCCUUGCACUUCCUUUCUUUCUCUAGAGGUCUUCUGGUGUGGAGGAAUGAGGAAUCUGUCUGUCUGUCUGCCUGCCUGCCUUCAUUUGGAUCUGUUGGCAUGCAGAAGUGGAACAUUGAUUGUUUGCCAACUGAGAUAAAAAUGUUAUCUUUGUUGCUGUUCAUGUUGAUGUUGUUAUCAAUGGGAAAUAGCAUUAUUUUCUUGUAUUUUCUCCCUCACCA